UGACAUGUGGUUGACAGCAUCAUCUGUGGUUUUGUCAGUGUACCAAUUUUACUGAGUUUUGAUUUUUGAUAAAAAUUCAAUAAUAUUAUUAGUGAUUAACCAAUAAACCGAGACUGAGACGCAAGAAAUUCCCAAAAUGACAUCUCAAGCCUUAGCAUCACUUACAGCUACCUACACAGACUCCGAGGGAGAGGAAAGCAUUGUUGAUGAACAGACACCUGAAAAAGAGGAUCCAAAAGUUGUCCAUUCUGCGCCCGUCAGUCCAAAAAAGGCUGAGGAAGGCACAAAAUCUUCAUCUGCACCACCGUCUCCCAAACGGCGCCUGGUUUCAUAUGUAGAUGACACCAUAGUUUCGGAUGAAGAGCAGUUGUCGCCGAACGCUGAAGAUCAAGAUGAUAUGCGACGUUUGUCAAUGGAAACCGAUACCGAUGAAGCCAUCCCGCGCUCGGACCCCGACGACUCGCAGGACGGCGUCAGCAUACCGCCGGAGCCGCCGGGCAAGUGCCCCAAGGAACUGCAGGAAUCCAUAGCCAAGUUCUACAGUCGCAUGUUGAGCGAAGGCCUAGACAUGAAUAGAAUAAUUCAAGACAAAAAGAACUUUAGGAAUCCCAGUAUUUAUGAGAAAUUAAUUCAAUUUUGUGAUAUAAAUGAGCUAGACACUAACUAUCCUCCUGAAAUAUAUGACCCGCUGAAAUGGGGGAAAGAAUCGUAUUAUGAUGAAUUGUCGCGAGUACAAAAAUUUGAAAUGGAUAGGAGAGAAAAGGAAAAGAAAGAUAAAUUAUCUAAGAUUGAUUUUAUAACAGGUGUUGCAAAGAAACCAGAAAGUGAUGAUGAGAAAAAAAGAAAGUCUAAGUGGGACCAGGCUGCGCCAAACGUGGGAACCAAGCCCGCCAUCAAGCAGCCCGGCCUGCUGCAGCAGCCGCUCACCAGCAACGUCACGGGCACCAAGAGCACCGUCAUCUCUGCCUUUGGAUCUCUCCCUAAGAAAACUAAGAUGUGACUUGAAACCAAGGCUUAUGAGAAAGUUAAGCCAUAAAAGUAUUUUUUUCUCAAGCACAAGAGCUGAGUGUGACUUCUACAGACGAAUUUUGUAAUGUGGUGUUUUUGAACAGUGUGCAGUGUACAUAUUCAAUUAAAA